AUGUUUUCCAAUAACAAAUAUGAACCAUUAGAUAAUGGUUUAAAUUAUACAAAUGAUACAAAUAAGAAUAGUAAUUUGACUGUACCGCGUCCCAAUAGUUCUUCAACGAUUGUUCCAUCAGAUAAUAUCAGUAGUACUAGUAAGAAUGAUGAGUAUAAUACAAAGGUAAAAAAUAUUGCAAUUCCAUCUUCUAAUUCAAAUAGAGGUAUACAUCCAUCUUUAACAAGUAGGCGUGGUUCUACAAUUAAAAAUACCCCCAUAGUGGCAAAUUUAGGUAAGAGUAUAGAUUCUCAUGUCUUUGUUAGUAUUCAUUCACCAAAUUUUAGAACAAGUCAAGAUGGUCAUCAAGAAGAAAUAAUUAACAGUGUUAGAGAAAAUUAUUUAAAUAGUACAUAUAGGAAAAAUAGUUUUGGGUUAAAGAGUAAUACUGGUAGUUUAAAAUCAGACUCCAUAACAUUAAGAACGCAGUCAUCUUCGGAAAUUGUAAAAGAUAACACGAACCUUCCAGUUGAGUGUGUGACGUCUGAAUUAGAUGAUCCAAGUUUGAAGAGUACAGGUGGUGAUAUCUUACGUGAUAUAUAUAAAAUGACUAAUAACCCUUCAGAUUUAAGCUUGAAGAGACAAAAGAGUACGGACGAUGUUCGUUUGACGAUGGAAAAUAGAAGAAGACAAUCGACAGCAGGUGGUUUGAAUGUUCCUGGUGGAUUUAGGAGAGAAUUUAUUGUGAAAAAGGUUAGAACAAAGAGUACAAGUGGACCAAGUAAUAUAUCGUCUAAUAGAAACGAUUAUGGGACAAGUAGGUCAGGAACCCCAAGACCAUCAACUUCUGGUGUUAAUAUUAGUGCACCUGGGGUGGCAUCAUCGAGCGCACAGCUUUCGAUAGAUGGACAGUCGAAUCAACCCACACAGCAACCUUCUGAGGUUCCAUUCUUAACGAAAAAUUUUAUGGAAUUUCUAUAUCUGUAUGGACAUUUCGCAGGUGAAUCUUUUGAGGAUGAUUUCUUUGAUGAUGCUGAUAGUAAUCAAUUAGAAGGUUAUAGUAAUAGGAAAGAGGAAAGUUCUCCAUUGAUACCACUUGGAAGUACAGAAGCAGUUACCAAGUCACAAGUAUCCAAUAUGAAGGGUACAGCCUCUCCGUCUAAAGUAUUUCUGCUAUUGAUGAAAUCCUUUGUGGGAACUGGGGUACUAUUUUUACCACAAGGUUUCCACAAUGGUGGUUUAUCAUUAUCAAUAUUCUUAUUAAUAUUUUUUGGUUGUUAUUCUUAUUGGUGUUAUUAUAUUUUAAUUCAAUCAAAGGUUUACACGAAAGUGGCCUCAUUUGGUGACAUCGGUCUGAAGACAUAUGGACCUUGGAUGAAAUUUGGUAUAUUAUUGGCUUUAGUUCUGACCCAAGUUGGUUUUUCAGCUGCCUAUAUGAUAUUUACAGCUAAAAACAUUGGGGCCUUUUUACAAAACGUUUUUAGAAUCGAAAAUUUGAAGCUGGGUUACAUAAUGUUUUUCCAAUUAAUUGUAUUUAUUCCAUUAUCAUUCAUUAGAAAUAUCUCGAAAUUGUCUCUGCCAUCACUUUUUGCUAAUUUUUUCAUUAUGAUUGGAUUGGUCAUUAUUUUGUUUUUCACAAUGAAACAUUUAUUUAUAACUCUUGAUAUGAAACCUGCCGAAGGUGUCAUAUAUGGUAUUAAUAGUAGUAGAUGGACAUUAUUUGUCGGAACGGCUAUUUUCACUUUUGAAGGUAUUGGCUUAAUUAUUCCUGUUCAGAAUUCUAUGAAGAAUCCAGAGAAAUUCCCAUUAGUCCUCGGUUUGGUUAUUAUUACAGUUACUUUAUUAUUUGUAACGGUAGCUGUUGUCGGUUACUUAUCAUAUGGUUCAAAAGUGGAAACUGUGAUCUUAUUAAAUCUACCUCAGGACAACAUUACCGUUAAUCUUAUUCAAUUGUUCUAUUCUGUGGCGAUCAUGUUAUCGACACCAUUGCAAUUAUUCCCAGCUAUUAAGAUAAUUGAAAAUAAAGUGUUUGCAACAGGUGGUAAAUUUAUCUUAAGAUCUACUAUGGGUGAAAGAGCAGUAAGGCAAUUCACUGAAUCGGGGAAAGCAAAUUGGAAAGUCAAAUGGGCUAAGAACGUAGGAAGAACAUUCAUUGUGUCUAGUGUUGUAUUAACAGCUUAUUGUGGUAUAAAUUCAUUAGAUAAAUUUGUAUCUAUUAUAGGUUCAUUUUGUUGUCUUCCAUUAGUAUAUGUGUUCCCAGCCCUGUUACAUUUGAAAUGUUGUACUUCAGCACGUGAGAAUGGAGAUGAUAGUAAGGAAACAAAAUUAUUAAUCACCUUUGAUCAAAUCUUGGUUGUAUUUGGCCUAAUUAGUAUGGUUUAUACGUCCUACCAAAGUAUAUUUACAUAA